AUGUCUCUUCAGCCUGAAGAUGCCGUAUCUUCUCGGGAUUGUAUUGGCACUCGCCAAAAUGGACAGCUUGAGCCUGAACAUGAAGACUUGAUCAAGCACCAGCUUUCUGGGUUACCAUACUUUAACAUUCGCGAUCUCCCCACCGAAAUCCGCGUUCAGGUCUUCGAGAUGUAUUUCGUGGACAUCUACUUGGCAUGUUAUGAAAGGCAUAUGCUCGGUGAUUGGUGGGCCACCAAAACCCCAUCUCUCGUCCAGGCCCUACGUGGAGAGCCCAAACUCUACUUUGAGGCAUUGGAGGCAUACUACUCCAACUUGCCGGCAACCGUGUCACCCGACAAUGCAGAGGCCGUGGCGAGAAUGCCAAAAUCUGUUGUGCGACGGGCUCGGGAUCUCAGGAUAUAUUACGGCCACAUGCUCGUAAGCGGAGAAUGGAAAUGGAGUGUCAAAAGCUCUCUCCCUGACCUUUCAAUCCUCACAAAUUCCAAUAUUCGGUCUCUGCAUCUUUCUACAGAUGAGAAUUUGUGGAGAUUUGAAGGCAGACCCAGGAUCUCGGAUUUGCGUCUGGUCGAAAAUAUAGUCCGCGAAUUUGUCCUGACACUUCCGCGCUUGUCUCUUCUCCGUCUCGAGAUACCUGCGGAGGCAGCUUUUCCAGUUGUCUUCAGAGGCGAGAAGUUUGAGUGCCUUGAAGCCCCUCUGCUCAAUAUCAACAAAGCUCUAGAUGUCUCUCACGAGUGGGUUAGAUCCAGCCGUAAGACUAAAGGGCCACGCCCACUAGAGGUGGCCUGGCACGCUGGCAACAGACCGUUCAGAUGGACCGACAAAGAUAACAUACAAAGCGUUCCACGAGCCCAUCGGGGAACAUUCCUGAGGGUCGUCUUACACUCUCAUACUAUGUCCUGGAGAAUCUCGAGGUGCACCACGUUCAUGGGUCUCAACCCCAAGCCUCAUAUCCGCUACUGUGUAAACCAGACAUGUGUCUGCUCGGACAUGGUUGCUUCUGCGUCUAGGGUUCCAGACCACGCUGAGGCUCAGUCACUCUCAUCUGAUUGGCUGCAGUUGACACCCUGGAAGACGCCAGUGGGUUUAUCACUGGAGCAGAAAGCGGCGCUAUUCAAGACGUUAUGCGUGCCACCAGACAUCAUCGCUGCUCUAUAUUAG